AUGUCUACCCUGUUUGCAAAACAACCCCUUACGAAAAAACCACCCGGUGCUCUUAAACCAAUAAAACCUCCAGAAGGCGUAUGGCAAUUACUUACAAUGGAUUUCCAUGGACCGAUUACACCAACAACAAAGAAUGGAAAUAGAUAUAUUAUUUUAUUAACUGAUGUAUUAUCAAAAUUUGUAAUUACAAAAGCAGUAUGCGAUUGUACAGCAUCAACUGCCGCACGAUUUUUAACUGAAGAAGUUAUUCUCAAAUAUGGUACUCCAAAAUGUAUUCUUACAGAUAAUAGUACACAUUUUACUGCUACACUGAUGAAUGAAUUAUUUAAGAAGAUUGGUGUUACACAUUUAUAUUCAACACCUUACCAUCCAAUGACUAAUGGUCAAAUCGAAAGAUUUAAUGCAACAAUGGAUGCUAAAAUAGCAGCCUUAUCGAACGAAAAACGUACAAACUGGGAUGAGCAACUACCAUUUGUUACUUUCAAUUAUAAUGCCAGUAUUCACGAAACAACCGGACAAAUUCCAUUCGAAUUAAUAUAUGGUCGUUCUCCAACUUUACCUUUUGAUCAACAACAGCCAUUAGUUACAUUAUCACAGGAUCCGGAAUACAAGUCCAAAUUAAGUCAUUAUUUAGCAACAUUAACUGGCCAAGCAAAAGUCAAAAUUUUAUCUCAACAAGAAAAAUAUAAAGAACGUUAUGACUGA